CCCUUCCAUGUAUGUAAGUUCUAUGGUCCGCUCUCGGAUCCUCUCUGAUCUAACACAUUAGUUUCAAAUAGUAUUUCAGUUGAUAGCCAUCAGUCGAAGUGGCAGCUAGUUCAAUCUCUGUGUUACUUUGUGACAUUUAAAGCUGAAUUAUGGAAAGUUCUGUUUCCGAAAUGAAAAACGAAAUAAAAUUUCACAUGAAGUUGAUUGAAAAACAAAUUAAAGUUUUGAUGGAUAAAGAAGACGAGCUGUUUAUGACUGCCUCUGGCUUGCAGGAUAACAUACCGUAUCUUUUCCAAUCUAGAGACGUUUCCAAUCCACAAUUAGGAGAUAAUGUUCUUAAGAUGGAAAGGACGAUCAAAAAAUUGAAAGCCGAAGUUUAUGACAUGAAGCAGCUGUUAGAGGUGUUACCAAUGGAACUGCAAUUAAUUGAUACUUCCCUAGUUGGCUUAAAGAAAGCUUUUCUUGAGAUUCCGCAAUAAAAAACGCCAAACUUCUUUUGAAUGCUUUUUCGUUCUUGAAACUAUCUCGCUAUUACAGAUUAUUACUUAUUAUUCAUUCUUGGGAACCUUUAUCCUCUUGUUACUUGGCGGUUCCCCAAAUUUAGUUUUAACGUAUUUUUUUUUUGUCGAGGCCUAGAUUAUAUCGUCUCGUAAACCAAAUGAAGUAAUAUGUUAUAUAAGUCAUAAAAUUUUUCUUUUCAUAUUUGUUAUUUAUACAUGGAAUUUGCUAUUUUGUUGCCGGAAGGUCAUAUUAUUUUUCAACUUCCCCCAUUAUUUUCGUUGGCCUGCCUUGUUUGCGCCUGACUUCCACAUUCCAUAAAUGUUGUACUUGUCGAUGUUAUGAUACACUGUAAUAUGCUUUACUUAUAUGCUUUAAAUAAAUCCUAAGUUAGAUGAUUA